AUGUCCUUUUUUUCCAUGCAGAGCGAAAGCCCCAGGCUCAUUGCUGCCAUGCUAGUUACCGGCAUCGGAGGGACAUUCCAGUAUGGAUUUCAUAUAUCUGUUCUAAACUCACCCUCAUCAUUCAUUAAAGAGCUUGUUAACAGUACAUGCCUGCAGCGGUAUGGCUAUUCCCUGGAGCCCUGGGAGAUGACCAUCAUUUGGUCCUUCAUCCACUCCAUCUUCUGCAUUGGGGGGCUCUUGGGGUCUCUGUGUGCAGGGUGGCUGGCUCUCGCUUAUGGACGGAAGAGAUGCCUUUUGCUGAACAAUGUAGUGGCCAUAAUUUCUGCUGUGUUGAUGCUGUUGAGUAAAACUGCAAUGUCUUUUGAGAUGAUAUUGGUUGGCAGAUUACUAUAUGGGAUAAAUGCAGGUGUUAGCCUCACUGUUCAUACCAUGUACAUGGUGGAAUGUGCUCCCAAGAGGCUUCGUGGGCUGGUGGGCGUGUCUGUCGCCAGCUUUGUCUCCAUGGGGAAAUUCUGUGGCCAGCUGAUGGGGUUAAGGGAGCUGCUGGGAACAGAGGAGAGGUGGCCCUGGCUGCUGGCUUUCAAUGGUCUGACAGGCCUAAUCCAGCUGCUUAGCUUACCCUUCCUCCCAGAAUCCCCUCGUUACCUCCUCCUGGACAGGGGGGACCGCCAGGGGUGUGAGAGAGCCAUCAACCAGCUGUGGGGGAAGAAGAGCCAUGACUCGGAGAUUAAUGACAUGCUGAAGGAGCAUGCUGCCAUCCGUGGAGUGCGGUCCUGCAGUGUGGUGGAGCUGUUCCUCAAACGGGAAGAGCGCUGGCAGCUGCUGACUGUUCUCGUCACCUUUGUUACCUUGCAGCUCUGUGGGAUCAAUGCAGUCUACCUCUAUUCUUUAGAUGUGUUCCAUGCUGCAGGAAUCCCAGCUGAACAGGUGCGCUAUGCAGCUCUAGGAACAGGCCUUUGUGAAGUCACCACCUCUUUGGCAUGUAUUAUGAUGAUCGAGAGCACGGGGAAGAGAGUUCUGUUCUUCAGAGGUUACAUGGGAAUGGCCACCAUAUUAGGACUUCUCACAAUCACUCUUAAUCUGCAGGGUCAGUUCUUUUGGAUGCCAUAUUGCAGCAUGGUGCUGAUCUUUUUGUUCAUCUUUUUCUUUUCAAGUGGACCUGCUGGAGUAACGGCGAGCUUGCCCGGAGACAUUUUCAUGCAGUCCUCCAAACCGGCAGCCUUCACCAUUGCCUGCUGUCUCAACUGGACGGGACUUUUCCUGAUUGGGAUGGUAUUUCCCCUCAUUGUGAAACACAUGGGUCCCUACAGUUUUCUCAUCUUCCUUGGCUUCUGUUUCUGCUGUGGACUCUUUGUGUGGUUGAAUGUUCCAGAGACCAAGAACAGGACGGCCCUUGAAAUAACAGAGGAGUUUCGGAAAAUGCACACCAAAGCACUAAAACAAGAUGAAAAACAGGGACAUGACAAGAUUCAGAUGGUGAAAUGUACACAUCUCUGA